AUGCAGCGACAACUGUGCAUUGCCGGCACGCUAUCUUCCAAUUACAAGCAACGCUGCUCUCGCAUCCCGAAAGAGCCGGGAGUAGUCCGCUGCAAGCAACACUCUGAUCCAGACCGAUUUCCCCCGCAUAUCUCUGCCCAGACUCACGGCAACGGUGCCUCCAAUAUGAACAAAUCUCGCCACGCCUUUGACAGAGAAAGCACGCUUGAUCGAUCCCCACGCUCGAUCCUAAGGGAUCUGUCAGUGGACGAACAGAAGAGAGCGGUGCGCUUCGCAGGUGAAGAUAUCGAGAUGGCUGAGAGAGAGCGCCAUCCUGACUGGUACGAUACUGUGAGCACGCAAGUUGACAUGCCUGACCACUCUACCCAUGGCUUGAACUCCCCUUGUCGUGACCAUCUCGGAUUGCAUGCUCAGCCAACCGCCGUAUACGAGAGCUACAACCAGACGCCCGCAGAAUACGGCAAUCACUCCCCGCCAGGUCGGGAGCAAGAUCUACUCCGUACCGGAUCGAACAACGAGUACCCGACUUACCGUUCCCGCAGAGCAUCAUCUUCAUCCAGCCAUAUGCACACCAAACCCGAAGUCGUACACGGCGGUCGUGGUUACCCAGUUCACAACUCACAUGGCCACUCAAUGCCCGAAUUUGGAGAAUCCCGGUCACCAUCUCGUUCCGCGUUGAGUGUAGUGCUCCCCCAACAACCACCCACUUCAGCACCGGUACUCGAACAGAUUCAGAAAGAUAGCAAUACGUUCAAGCUCACUGUCCAGAAGUUAUGCCAAACCAUCGCGCUCUUAGAAGGAAAGAUUCAACAGCACACCUCACAGAUCGACAACCAGACCUCCACUAUCGCCCGCCAGACGCAGCAGCUCGACGAUCAGCAUACGCAACUCGGAAAACAAGCCAAUCUAAUCCAUAAGAUGGAGAAUCGCGACAACAAAACAAUCACUUGGCUAGAAGAAUCUGUGGGCGAGCUUACGGCAAGAGUAAGAGAUCAGCAAAAGCAAAUCGAUCUGCAGACUGGUCUUCUUACCCGGGUAGUGGACUCGUCCCGCAUUCGCUCUUCGACUCCAGCACGUACUUACAGCGAGGGCUUCUUGGAUGGAUUUGAGCCGCCAACGACAGUGUCCUCGCGCUCCCGCACGUUCGUUCCGACUGGACAUGUCAUGUCCCCGCAAUUGCAUACGAAGGCCUUCAGUCCCCCUGCCAAACCCAAUAUGCAUGGCAAGCAUUCUGUCUAUCCGCAUCCGACGUUAGGCCCUGAACAUCGAGGUGCUAGCUUGAAAGACGCUUUCGCUCCUCGGCCUGGACACAUGGGCCAGGGCAGGUACACGGAUACCAAUCCCUGGGCGCAUUCUCUUGCUUGGGAGCAUGAGUAG